UUGAGUGAUUGCAACAUGGCUGCGCCCUUGAUACUGCUGAGGAGGAGCUGAGGCUUCUGAAUCAGAAAUGAAGCUGCAGGAUUCCCGCAGUUAGAGUGGAAGAGAAACACGCGAGGAAUGCAAAUUUCUUUGGGAGCUGGUGUUCCUGGGCCUGAAUUAUGAACGUUUCUGACCUCCAAUGUGGUGAUGAUUCUAUUGAAAUCCCUGAGACACUGCCUUUUCAAUGGAAAUAUAACAAUUAUACUGGUCCCACGACAUUUGAAAUCGAGAAGGAUUGACCGCAGGACUUCGCUUGUGCUUCUCCAAAUGAUGGAAUCCUGAAAAAUGUUUAAAAGCACUGUGGAGCUCAGAAGCAUUUUCUGGACGAGGAGAGGUUCCUGCAGCUGCCCCUUCUCGGUGGAGUAUUUGAGAAACUCACUGCAACCUGAAUGGAUGGGCAUGGGGAAAGCAGGAUUUUACUACCCCGGGGCUGAGCGCCCUUCCAUCGCCUUCACUUUCCUCCUGCUCUUCAUUUCGACGUGUGCCAACACAGCCUACUGCCAGCAACAGUAUCAGUGCAGGAUCCAGAAGUGCACAACCGACUUUGUAGCCCUGACGUCCCACCUGAACGCCGCUCUGAAUGCUUUCGCCUCCGAGUUCUGCAUCGCCCUCCGGGCUUAUGCCCUGUGCACCGAGCGCACGGCCAAGGCAUGCCGGGGCAACCUGGCCUUCCACUCGGCUAUGCUGGGCAUCAGCGACCUGAUGAGCCAGAGGAACUGCUCCCGGGAAGGGCCCACGUCGAUCGCAGCCCAGGACCUGGUGCCUGUCAAUCACAACAUGGGCUUCUGUGAUUACGAGAACCGGGCUGGGCUGGUGCGCGGUCACCGGGCUGCAGCGGGCACCGAGCCACAGCCCGGCCGCCGCUACGUCUUCUGCGGCUUGUUUGGCGACCCGCAUCUCAGGACUUUCAGGGAUCACUUUCAGACUUGCAAAGUGGAAGGAGCCUGGCCCCUGAUUGAUAACGACUACUUGUCAGUGCAAGUAACUAACGUCCCUGUUGUACAGGGAUCCAGCGCCACAGCCACUAACAAGAUAACCAUCAUAUUUAAAACCUAUCAUGACUGUACAGAUCAGAAGGUUUACCAAGCGAUGACAGAUGAUCUGCCUGCAGCAUUCAUAGAUGGUACAACAGUGGGAAAUGGCUGGAUAAAGACUCUGUGGAUAAUCGAGAAAGUCAGUGGUAAACAUGUGGAGGUGCACGCAAAAUACAUAGGAAUGACCGUGAUAGUGCGCCAAGUGGGACGCUAUUUAACCUUUGCAUUGAGGAUGCCUGAGGCAUUGGCCCUGUCUGAGAAUGACAGCCAGGGACUGCAGCUUUGUGCCCGUGGCUGCCCAAUGAAUGAACGUAUUGAUGAAGGUGGGCAUCUCCCUCUUCCAGCCAAUAGUCCAAACCAUCUGCACCACACCCAGACCCCACCAAAAGGUGCUUACACAUUAGAGACUGCAACAGCUAAAUGCCAUGAGAAAAUCCAAGUAAAAGAUGUCUAUUUUCACUCUUGUGUGUUUGACCUUCUGACAACUGGAGAUGCAAACUUUACAGCAGCAGCUUACAGUGCUCUCCAAGAUCUAGAGACAUUGCACCCAAAGAGAGAACGGUGGCAUAUUUUCCCCAGAAGCAGCAGUGUUGCCCAAAACAACGUGUUAUUUAACAUUUCUGUUGGACUGUUUUCUUUUUUUGUGAUGGUGUUUUUGUAGGUUUUCUGUUUAUAAAAAAUAUUAAAUAUAUAUUGUUAUAAUAUAUUCAGAAAAGUAUAUAUGUAUAUACAGUAUAUAUGAUGGGAUGGCAAUCCUGAGUAAACAUAAGAUUGUACAUAUUGUGUAAUUUGUUAUGUAAGUUCAUAUGAAGUUGGUUGUAGUAUUAUGUACUUUUUGUUGAAAGUUUUUUUUUGCAAGUUAUGUAUGAGUUGUGAUAUCCCUGCAGUAGGGUCUGUUGUUACAAAGGGCACUUUAUGUUUCUACUUAUUGACACUUAAAAUGGCUACCAGUUAAAUGUGUUCAAAUUUACUUUGCUGCCUGUCAAAUCAGAAAGUUUGAUAAACAGCCUCAGAAGGAUUUGCAGAUGUGCUUCUAGGGUAUGAAAUAGAUAACUGUUUGUGUAAGUGUAAUUGCCUAAAUAUGUAAAUAGUUAACUUAUUUAUAAACAAAAUGUCCUGCUAGAAGAACCUAGAGCAAAUUCUGUGCUAUUUCUAAUGUGUUCACUCUGCUGUGAUAGUGGUGCCACCUAGUGGAUUGCACUUGAGUUACUUCAGUGUUCAGGUGACCAGUGAUUACAAAGCUAAUUUGUGAUUUUAAAAAGGGUGUUAAAUGCCUUUUAUAAUACAUGAUGUGUUGAGAAACCCCUCCCCUCUGCCCAUCCCACAAAAAAAAAGGAAAAAUUAGAAACUUAGUGCUUGACUGAAAUUAUGAAAAAUUCUGUCGUGGAACUUUUUUCCAAACCAGUGAAUGUGUUUUCUUGGGUAUUUUCCACAACAAUUAUCUUUUCAGACUUUUGCUGCUUAAGAGUAAUAGAGGUAUAUAGCUCUGUUAAAUAUGAUCUUCUCCUUUUGUCUUUUAAGGUUUCAUUGGUCGAGUUCCAGCAAAGUUGCUGUUAGAUCUUGGCCUAUCUGCAUUUUAUUAUUAAGAGUGUGACGAACAGUCUGGGUACACGUAACUGUUUACUCAUCACUCGCUACCACCUCACUGCUGUGAUAACUGCAGGUGGAUAUUUGCCUGAAAAAGUCACGGCUACAAACUUAAUCCUAUCACUCGUCAUUGCACCACCAAUGUGCUUUGCAUCGUUCUAGCACUCUCUCAUAUUUCCGCAAUGUUGGCAAACAGUGCAGAAUAGCAGUGGUGAAUUAAUAUAUUGGCUUCUCAGAUUUAUAAGUCUUUUCAGGGCAACUCAGUUGGGAAUGAGAUCUUGCUAAGUGAAAAUCAGCUGUGUGCAAAUUGGUCUCAUCAAAAUUUUAUAAACUCAAAAUAAAUGUUCUUACAUAUGUUUGAAUGACUUAAUGCAGCUUUUACCGUAGAUGGACUUGUAGAUAAUUCAGAUGGUAUUAAAUGCAUCUGAUAAGUGCUUCAUUUUCCAGUGCUCACACUCUCAACUCCCUUGUAAUGAUUUGCUAUCACUUGGCAUCUAAGAUAGAAAAAGGAACCCCCUUGAAGGUGUUGUGUGAUGAUGCAGUCUUUUCCUUGUUCUAUUUUAGGAAAGUCCUACAGAAGCUUUUAAAAGGCUGGUUUAUCCAUACACUUUGUCCAGAUUUUUUUUUUGAAUUGGGCAAAAUAAACACAAUUAAUUUCAAGGCUCGCCUUUAAGGCAUACUUGUGGGAUAAAAAUAAUAAUGGGGCCUAUGCGAGUUAGAAAUGAGCUGUGAUGACGUUGCUUAUUAUGUAGCUGUCUAACUGAAUUGCUGGAAACUGCACUAGCUGAGCAUGUUUACCAUGUGUGUAUUUUCUCUACAGAACAAAGAAUAGGAGUCAUAGAUCAGUUGUGAAUCGAUGUUGAGGCCCAAUUUUUUUCCCUGCCUUUUCUCUUUUAUGCUAAAAUUCUGGGGAAUCCAGUAAGGUUAGUAAAACCAGCCUCACCAAGUUGCUCUUGCACCACCUGCUUUUGUCUCAGUUACCAUUACUAUUUCAUCAAAGUGGAAAACCUGCAAGUUUGUAUAUUUAAAAUUGCUAUUGAAGUCAAACAUGCUGUUGAAACAUGCAUUAAAAGUUCUGUUAGGAA